CUUUUAUGUUGGCAACAGAAACAACUUAUUUCUUCUGCUUCGCUGUCGAAUUUGUUAAACAUCGAAACAAUACUUAUAUGUUUAUUGUAUUUGUUAAUUACUUUAAAAAAAUACAGAAAAAUGAAGUGUCUUCUAAAACCUAUUUCUCUUUUUUCUUUUCUCAUUAUAUUAAAAAUGACAAUUGCAUAUGAAAUCAACGAAAAGGUCAUCUUGUAUGUAAAUAAAGUUGGACCUUAUUUUAAUCCUCAUGAAACUUAUCAUUAUUAUCAGUUACCUGUAUGCAGACCUGAAAAAAUUGAGCACAAAAGUUUAACUUUAGGUGAAGUUUUGGAAGGUGAUAGGAUGGCUAUAUCAAUGUAUAACAUUUCUUUUAAAGUUCCUUUGAAAAAUGAGAAGCUAUGUUCACUAACCCUUAGUGAUAAAGAUUUAAAUCAGCUUAAAGACGCUAUAGAAGAUCUUUAUUAUUUUGAAUUUAUAAUUGACGAUCUUCCUCUUCAUGGUUUCAUUGGUCACUUGGAAGAGAAAGGAUUUUUGCCUCAUUCUCAUAAGAUAUAUCUUUGGACACACUUAACUUUUAAUAUAAUGUAUAAUAAUAACAAGAUCAUUUCUGCAAAUGUAUCUAAUGUUGGGAGUCCACCAUUUAGUUUGAAUGAUGUAACAGCUCCCAUCUCUGUCACUCAUACUUAUUCUGUUAAUUGGGUUGAAACUAAAGAAACUUAUAGUGAACGAAUGCAAAAAUCAUUGAACUCAUCUUUUUUCCCGAAAACUUUAGAGAUUCAUUGGCUCUCUGUUAUUAACUCUGCCGUUCUGGUUAUGUUGUUGACUGGAUUUGUUAUAGUAAUAUUAGCAAGAGUUUUGAGAAAUGAUUUUGCUCGUUAUAAUGUUGAUGUUGACGAUGUGGAUAGUUUAGAAUGUGAUGAAUAUGGAUGGAAAAUCAUUCGUGGAGAUGUUUUCCGUUUCCCACCCUGUAGAAGUCUUUUCUGUGCUAUAUUAGGAGUCGGCAGUCAGUUCUUAUCUAUUGCAUUGGGAAUUGUAAUAAUGGCAUUGCUUGAUUUAUUUAAUGUGCACAAACAUGGUGCAAUGAACACUAUUGCAUUUCUUCUUUAUGCUUUAACAUCUUGUAUAGCUGGUUAUGUAUCUGCAUCCAUGUAUAAGAAAAUGGGUGGUAAACUGUGGGUGUGGAACAUUAAUCUAACAUCAUUUUUAUUUUCUGGGCCAUUUUUUAUAAUUUGGAGUAUUCAGAAUAGUAUAGCUUGGGCAUACAACUCAACUCAAGCUCUUCCUUUUAGUACAAUUAUUUUACUACUGGGAGUUUGGCUGUGCAUUGGUUACCCUCUAAGUGUCCUUGGAGGAGUUUUAGGAAAAAACUGGACUGGUAAUUUUGACAUACCAUGUCGUACAAAACACAUUCCACGAGAAGUGCCCCCUGUGAAAUGGUAUCAUUCUGCACCAGCACAGUGUGCGAUUGGGGGAUUUUUACCCUUUAGUGCAAUAUCAGUGGAGCUGUAUUACAUAUUUGCUACAGUUUGGGGACGAGAGCAAUAUACGUUAUAUGGUGUGCUAUUUAUUGUUUUCUUCAUAUUAUUGAGUGUAACUGCUUGUAUAUCUAUUGCUCUUACCUAUUUCCAACUUUCUGCUGAAGAUUAUAAAUGGUGGUGGAGGUCUGUAAUUAAUGCAGGAUUAUCAAUUAACAAAUGCCAGCUACGUAGAAUGAUCAUGCCAUUAUGUAAUAUUUGUAAUAUGUUACAAAUGUAUAGUUCAGCAUGCUUACGUCUUUUUCUUUUUUAUCUUCUACAGGUUGAUUGGAAUUAAAGUUACGAUUUCAAAAAUCGAUAAUUUUAAAACUACUUGUCAGAAUGACCUGAUAUUUUUAGAGAACAAUCGUGAGGCAAUGGAAUUUUGUUUGGCGAUACUAAUGGAUUCGUUACACAUAGAAAUGUUGUUAGCCAAAAGGAAACAAUAGAGUUCAGAGGUUUACUAAAAAAUUAUUAGCCGAAAGGCAUGAAUACAUGUUUUCAGCGACAACAGUGAUAUUGUCAACAACAAAAAACAGCUUCAUGGAACUAACAUCUUAUUGAUGAUUAAGGCGUAAGUUGUUCGAUGUUCCCUCCGGCUUGUUGCGCUUGUAAUUGGAAGCGCAAAACGGCAUGCUCCACAACACAUCGGAGGGUAUCUGUAAUGAUGCAAUUGAUGUGGUGUGUGAUGCUUACCUUCAAGUCGGCUGGAUUCUCAAUCUGCCAGCUGUAAACAACAUUCUUCAGGUAACCCCUAAGACAGAAAUCACACCGGUUUAAGUUGAGGUAACGUGGGACCAUGUUAUUGGAAAAUGGUAGCUUAUGAUCCUAUCAUCUCCGAAAUGAGCACUCAGCAGCUGCUUCACAGGAGUGGCAAUGUGCGGAGGAGCUACAUCUUGCAUGAAUAUUGUGCGAUCCACACACUAGUUUUAAAAUUAUCGAUUUUUGAAAUUGUAACUUUAAUUAUAAUCACCCUGUGCAUUACACUGUAAAACAGUUUUGUUUCCUUGUUGCUUGAGAUCUUAUAUACUAUCGCUCCGCGGGUUUCAUAUCUACAAACGGUUUUUCUCUACCAUCUUCAGUUUUAAUGCAAUUUAAUAAUAUAGUCCGAACCAGGAUUUUUUUUAAAAAUUACUUGAUUGAUGAUGUCCCCACUUUUUUCUUACGUAGAUCGUGGUAAAAAACAUGCGUUAAUACAUUUCAGUUUAUACUGCACUACGUUUAAUGUUUCUUUUUUUCUUUCGUGUUAUUUUCAAAGGAGCAGACAGGCACAAAACUAAAAAUAUUCCACUGACUGUAUAUGUAAUUAAGAAAGGCUUUUUAACAUUUACAAUACCGAAGAGUGUCCUCUUUGGCUGUACGGAAAUUUCUGAAAAGCCUUUUGUAACUAUUUCUUGAACUUAUGAAUUAAAUGAUUUACUCACGCUUAUGAAUUAAACCAAGCCUUAAACCCGUGAAACCUUCCCCUCUUUUUUUUAAUUGCAUUAUUGAGUGUUUCUGUGAAAUUAUUCAAUAUGAUAAGGGAAUGACGAAAUAAUUCGAGGUUUAACUAAAUAUGGAAACUUUCGAGGGCAAUAGCAUUUUAUGAGACCAUAUUCUUACUUGAGCUGAACGUUUUACUUAAUAUCUUAGCCCAUAGAAAUUGUUUCGUCUCUUCUGCAUUGUUCAGAUAAAUUUUCUGUACUUAAUGUUCGGUGCAAUUUUUUUUAAAUCAUAAUACAAAUCUGAUAAAUCUACAAAUUGCUCGUAGGUUACUUAGAUUCUUAAUAUAAUGUGAACUAUACCUUGAAGUAUUUAGUUUUAGAUUUUUCACAGUAUAUACUUCUUUUAUAAACUAAGCGUGGUAUUUAAUGUAAUGUCCUCUACUAAGUCAACAAGAGUGCCCUUGUGGUUCUGAGAUAGAAUAAAUUUUUUCUAGCUUUUAUUCUAAUUAAUGAAAGCAAAAUCUGAAUUCUCUUGGACGUUAAUGAAAUUGAGAAACCCAUGUUAAUUAUUUAAGAGCUCAAUAGUUUCAAUGAUAAUAAAUAGACAAAAAAUUUUAGCACUGUUUUAAAGUCGGCAUUUUUUAAAUUUUUUUUAAAAAUUUAAUUGAGCUUUAUGAACAAAAUUUGAGAUUUUGUUCAAUUAAACCACCGUCCCAGUUAUACUAGUCAGUAUUAUCGUUUUUUUUUUCUUCCUGAAAUUAAAGAAGGAGAAAAAUACACUCAUUUAUUCAAUAUCUUAAAUGUCAUGCUCAUGAUAUCUUAUAACACAUCAUGAGUUCACGAAUCGUAGUAAUAUUGUUCCUAAUGCAAGAAUUCGCAUUUGCAACUAACUUAUGCUUUACGGGAAGCUAACUUGGCAGCAUUGUAGGCAUUACCUCGAUAAAUAUAUAGGUAGCGCAAACUACUUAAAAAAGUGAAUCAAUUAACGAUAAGCAAACCUCUUAGAAAAUUUAAUAAAGGAUAAUGCCCUAUCUCAAUAUUUAUAUACCAUUUAUCAAUAUCUAAUAAUUAAAAAGAAAAAUAGGAAAAUAAUUUUAUUCUCCAGCGAAGUUUACUUUUGGAUCUAUAUUUGCUACUACUUUCAUUAUUCUUGUAUUUGCACGUGUAUACCAGUUGGCUUAUGCGUAAACCAGUCAUUUUUUAAUUUUUUUGCUCAUACUUUUUGCGUAACGAACGGGGAGUGGAAGAUGCUUUUAAUACUUCAUCUCAUAGAUGGCGAUUUGCGCAGUGUUGCAUCAGUUGAGUUUCGAUUUCAGCCAUUGUAACCUAAACAUUUAUUCUACUUGGUAUUUAACAUAUUUACUGUUAUAAAGCGUGUGAUUUGAUUAAAUGCAAUACUUUCUGAAAUAAAGGUUCACUCAUCAGAAAGAAAUUUUGAGUCUCUGGUUGGUGCGGCCAUGCGAAUUACGAUAUUCUUAAGGUUCAUUCGUUUAAUUUAUUUCCGAUGAGGGGAUUUGCUUAUGUGUUGCAUUUAAUCAAACUAUAACGAACAUACUCUAUAGUUAAAAAUAUAUUUAUUAACAAGUAGAAUGCAUAUUCAAGUUAUAAAAGCAUAAUCGAAUCUGAGCAGCAGUAUGUAAUGUCCCAAAAACUAGAGUUAUUCUUUUCCCGAUAGAAAAUAAGAUUCGAUAGAAAAUAACUGAUACGCCUUGCCAAGUUAAACUGACGUAAACCAUCGUGUGCAAAUGUUUUAUUAUUAUUUUUAUUAAUAUUUCAAUGACUGAUGUUUAAAAAAAAUGUCUGUUUCAUUAUUCAUGCUGUUUCUCGCUAUGAAGUGUUUUUUCAUAUUUAUUCAAGAACUUUUUCUUAUUUGCGUUUGAAAAACCAAAUUGAAAUUAUGUUGCUCGUUAACCAUUCUUACUUAUUGUUAAAUUUGUACAUUGUUUUUUUCAUAAAGUAUUUUUAUAAGUAUGUGGAUAUACAUAUUAAAAUGUAUUGAGUUUUUAUGUUGUUGCUUUGUUUAUUACUAUAUCAAAUGUUGUAGAUUAAAUUUGUAUAAUAAAAAUGAAUUAAAAAUAA